AUGAGAUCGUUAGAAGUACCUAAAUCUGUUCACCAGUUAAGACCUGGAGACAUAGAUGUAAUUGGUGCGAUGGGAGAUUCCUUGACUGCUGGUUUUGGCAUUUUCGCCACCAAUUUGGCUCAAGUGAUCAUUGAAAACAGAGGAGUUACGGCUUUAGGUGGAGGUCAAGGUACUUGGCGUGAAUUCUUAACACUACCAAAUAUUCUUAAGGAAUUUAAUCCUAGUUUAUUUGGUUAUGCUGUAACUGACGCUUUUACAUUCGAAAAGGGUUCUGAAUUUAAUGUCGCAGAAAGUGGUGCUAUAUCUAAUGACAUGCCUUACAUGGCUCAAGCUAUUAUAAAUAGAAUGAAGAGCGACUCAAGAGUUAAUAUAAAAAAACAUUGGAAAGUAAGUUUUGGCAGAUCGUUAGAAGUACCUAAAUCUGUUCACCAGUUAAGACCUGGAGACAUAGAUGUAAUUGGUGCGAUGGGAGAUUCCUUGACUGCUGGUUUUGGCAUUUUCGCCACCAAUUUGGCUCAAGUGAUCAUUGAAAACAGAGGAGUUACGGCUUUAGGUGGAGGUCAAGCAUCGAAUGCAUUAUGGAAUAAUUUAAUGCAGCCAGUAGAACAUAAGUCACGCAACUGGAAAGCUUCGUUUGAAGAAUUUGUUUGUCCUACAGAAGAAAAUCCUUACAUCAAAACUCUGAAAAAUUCAAGAUCUCGGUGACUAAUGCCUUACAACUGCGUAACAUGGAAAUACUGUACUGAUGUCUAACUUUGUUACCUGUUACAUGUUAAAGUAUCCUGUUUGUAUAGUUCUAUCUUCAGAGAUAAUAUGAUAAAAUUCUUGAAUGCAACCAAGUGCAACAUAGAAGUUGAAGUUCCUUUUACGUGAUUCUAAAUGAAAGCUUAGCACAAUACGAUUCUUGAAUAAAA